UGUUAAGAAAAUGUCGGAAAUUUUUCUAUUGAAAACUACAGAAUUGGAUUUGUCUGAAACCACCUCCUCAUCAAAAAGAACAGAAUGGUUACCCAGGGAGCGUGUGGUGCUUCGCGUAUUGUUUUGCGCUGGUUUAUGCGCCUAGCAAACAUACUAAUUAUGGCUGGAGGUAUAACUCUUCUAGCCAUCGGUAUUUGGAUCAUUCACAGGAAAACCUUCUCCAAUGAGCUGCUGAGGAACAUGUUGUAUUUAAACACGGCGAGGGUGGUCUCGGCGGUCGGAGGCCUCACCAUCCUCACAAGCCUUUUCGGCCUCUACGCAGCACAAAAGGAAGUGAAAGUGCUCCAUCUAACUUACUUUGUUCUCAUUUCAAUUCUUCUUCUUAUUCUCUCCAUCGGAGCAAUUCUAGCCUACGUAUUCACAGAACAGGUAGAUAAUACAAUACAAGCUGAGAUGAUCUCCGAUGUGAGGCUCUAUGACCCGAAUGAUCCAGGACCGGUCACGUGGGCGUGGGAUCAAACUCAAACACAGCUUGAAUGUUGUGGGUUGAUGACCCCGCAGGUCAACUCUUCCUGGGAGAUCUGGAGAUACUCUAGAGCACUAAAUAAAGGAGAAGGUGUGUGGAGGGUUCCUGACUCAUGUUGUUCCCCAGACCAACUCUGUGGAACCUUUAGUUCAAAUAUAUCGGGCAUUUUUACUAGAGAUUGCUAUGUAGAGGUUAAAGAAUACGUAGUUCAACAUGCUAGUUUACUUGGAGCUGUAGCUGUGGGUAUAGCUUGCAUUCAGUUUCUUGGUGUCUUGAGUUCUCUUAUACUAUUUAGAUCGAUAGUAUAAUUUCCUCAACAAUUUUAUUGAAGUUUUAAUUGGACAAACUAUCAGUUGAUUUUUUCACGCCUAGCGAUUCGUGAUGGAAGAUCAUCUAAGAUUAUAGAUCGCUGAAGAUCCUAUAAGAUUAUAGAUAGCUGAAGAUCCUAAAAGAUUAUAGAUCGCUGAAGAUCCUAUAAGAUUAUAUAUCGCUGAAGAUCCUAUAUGAUUAUAGAUCGCUGAAGAUCCUAUAAGAUUAUUGAUCGCUGAAGAUCAUCUAAGAUUAUGAAUCACUGAAAAUCAUCUUAGAAAAAAGAUCGCUGAAGAUUAUCUAAGAUUAUAGAUUUCUGUAGACAAUCUAGGAUUAUAGAUCACUGAAGAUCAUCUAAGAUUAUAGAUCGCUGAAGAUCAUCUAAGACUAUAGAUCGCUGAAGAUCAUCUAAGAUAAAAGAUCGGGAAGAAGGGAAUUAAUAAAACAUUACAACCCGGUGAAAGACGAUAUAACAAAAAUGUGAUAAAUUUGAAAAUUAUUGCAAUAUUUAUUUUAAUGUAUAUUUUAUAAGUUUAAAUGGUUUCGAUCAUUGUUUAAUCUUUAACAGUCUUCUUUAUUUUUCAAUUCAAUCACUUAUUUAUUAAACUUUUAGAAUUAACUGAAAACUCCAUAAUUAUGGGCAUUUACAAUCCGGUUUUAAAGGUUAAAAUUUGAAUUACAGCCUUGGUAUUUAUGAUCAAUAUUGCGCAAUUGGAAUUUGAAUUUUAUUUAUUUUUUAUUUAAAGGCUAAAAUUUAAUUUGUUAGUUAAAAUACUUAUUUAUGCCAAAAAAAUCUUAGUUCUGAAGCUUAAUCUAUAAAAAUAUUUCUACAGUAGUGAUGAAUUUUCGAUCCUGUUGAUAGUUAAAAGUUAAUUGAAACUUUUUUCCCUGAGAGCCUCUAGAUUUGAUUAUAAAUCAUAUUUAGCUUUUUAGUUUUUAACAUUAUGAUGAAAAUUUCAUUCUUUUAAUGUAAAAAUCUACACAAUCGAGAUACUUUUGGCUUUUUGUCGCAGAAUGUAAGAAUGCAACAUUAAAACUGCACCCACCCGCCAUUUUAAAUUUAAUUUGUGUCAGAUUUUAAAAUUGUGAAUCUAAUAGUUUUUAAUGAAUUUCAUCCGAUUGAAAAAAUAUCAAUUAGAAAUGAAAAUGGUUUACUCUAAAAGGUUAUCUUUCUUUUAGAAAUACGCCAAUUUGGUUUGCUUUUAAUUUCUAAAUGGAGAAAGCAAAUUUUUUAAACCAUUAUUUUUUAAUAAUUUUGUAUUCACUAAUUAACUAAGUAAAUCAUAUCAUCAUUAUCAUUUUUCAUUAUUAUUACAGUUCCUUAUUACGGCCUAGUCAUUAGUCAACCA